GAGCUUACUUUGAACUACUCUGAGGAGUCUCUGUAUAAGGCAUGUCCUAACAUCAUGGAAAUGUUAACUAAAACGGAGAUGCCAAGUGCCAAAGAAUACCUUCGUGGGAAGUAUCUUACGGAUAAAACCGGUAGAAUGACUAUUUAUGCUAAAAGUGGUUGUGGACAUGAAAAGUUCGCCCCAGAGCUUUCUUCUGCCGAUGUUAAGAAUCUCCGAUUUGUACUCUCUGAUAGUGACCAGUCUUUGUUGAAAGAGUUUGGCGAGCAUACCCUAGAGUGCCUACUGGUUCACACCCUUGGCCAACUGUUUAAUCUAGAUAAUUCUGUUAGUCUGGCUGGUUUGGUUGAACGUAUAGAAUCUAAUGUCCGGGUUUAUGCCUCAUUCUUGCGUGAUAAUAGUAUGGUCAAUAAGCCAAAAGAUGCUGCGGAGGAAGCUGUUGAUGAUACUAAAGCCAAAACAAAAGCGUACCCCUUUGGUACUGCAUUAGUCGAAUUUUUAGUGACUCGUGAUCCAUUGCGUUUGAAAACAUAUAAUGAGGAUGAAUUAAAUGUAUUAGACGGGGGUAUUCCUAAAGUCAAAAGGGUAGUCAAAAAGGGUAAAGGUUAUUAUAGGAACUCUUUUGUUUAUGCCGAAUGCUUGUUUAACACCGCUUUACUUCCUAUUAAGUUAAGUCUACCAAUGGUAUUUCCUCCAAAAGAUUGGGAGCCCCGCCUUCCUGAGCACGACCGAAUGUGGUUAUAUAUCUCUGAUAUCUAUGGUGGUUAUUUAAGCAACCCUACUGGCCAAAUCUACAGCACUCAGCGGUGUAUGAGUACACCCCAUGCUAAGAAUUUCUUCAUCUAUUUCGGACAAAAUAAGGAUUCAAAAAGUCAUGAAAAGCUAAAGAGACUUUGUACUUCCAUCAGUAGCUUACAGCGUCAAGCAUUUAAAAUAAAUAGUCCACUCCUUAAUUGUAUUAUUAAUCAUAGGGCUUUGUUUGAAGAUUAUGGCUUCUUGAUGCCCGAAUUUCUUUCCAAGGCUAUACUUCCCCGUGCCACUGGGAUACUUAGAAGACAUUUUAAUAAGAAUCGAGAUAUAGAAAGUAUAUACACAUUUAAUGAUGUGUGCUCUCUAUUGAUGAGGAAUAUGCAGCAGGCUCGUUAUGAGUGUACAAUUCUAGAUCUUGCUAAGGCUUACAAUGGGUAUUCUUUUUACUUUCCGGCAUUUCUAGACUUCAGAGGGCGAAUCUACCGCAGUGGCAUUUUUCACUUCCACGAACGGGAUUUAGCCCGAAGUCUACUACUUUUUGAUUGUAAAAAAGGUUCUCAAUUAACCUCUAACAAUGAUAAAGAAUUAUUUCAAAUAUAUGUAACCGCUACUAGAUUUCACUAUCAAUCAUAUAAUAAUGAGUUUGAGGCUUUAAGCGACGCGAACGACAGCAUAGGUUAUUUGAGGGUGCCCUCCGAAUGGGAUAGUGAGGUGGAUUAUAUAAAAGCUCUCUUGAGUGAUUCACAGAAGGCUAAACACCCUUUCCAAUAUUUCUCGAAUAUGCAUCUCUUUUUGAUGAGGCACGAUAAAAAAAGGUGUCAAAGUCUCUUUUUACCCGACCUGUAUCAAACAGUUCCUGUAACUCAGGAUGCUAGCGCUAGCGCUUAUCAACUGAUGGCAUAUUUCCUCCUUGAUGAAAGUUAUGCGUUACUAACCAAUCUUAUUAACGGCGGAGAGAUAUUUGACAUCUAUUCUAAUAUCAGACUUGAAUUAAUUGAAUUCCUCAAGGUCGCUCUUCGUGACGUGAAUCCGGAGCUAUGCGCUAUCUUGGAUCGGGUCAUAACUAGGAGUAUAGUUAAGCAGAUUUAUAUGCCCAUAAUCUAUGGUAAAACCGUUAAUAGCACAACUGAGGAUCUUAAAGAGAGUCUUUUCCAGGACGUCUUGCCAAAAGAAUGUCCAAAACUGGCGGCUUUAUGCUUCCAAUUUUGGAAAACAAGAUAUAGUUAUAUGAAUUCAUUUAUCGGUCUGAUCGGCCUGGUAGGUCGAGCCUGCUCUUCCCUAGAGCGACCUGUCUUGUACGACGCGGUAUAUUUUAGCACAUCACAGGAUUAUAAAAUCAUGGAAAAACACACUGUUAGAGUGUUCAACUCUAAGUUGAGAAAGCCUCAUAAAGUCACACUCUCGUAUCCCUCUAAUGUGCGGGAUAAGAGAAAAAGUAGGACCUCCACAUUCGUGAACUUCAUUCAUCAAAAAGAUGCUCAAAUAGCUAUGUCUAUGGCGUUCUUAGCGGGCGAAUAUGAUCUACCUCUGUACACAGUGCACGACAACUUCAUAACUAAUACAUAUUGUUGUGAAUAUAUGCCUUCUUUAUACCUAUAUGUCAUUAAGAAUAUGGGGCCCCCACUGAAAAUCAUUAACCGUUUUAUUUAUAGAAAUCUUAUCGAACCAGCUAUAGAGAAUGGCUACUAUCAAAAUGAUAGAGGUUUCCAUUUGGAGUAUUUUGAUGAUAAGAUCAUACCAGACCCUAUUCUAGAUAAAUUUCUAAAAAUUGGAGGCACUCCCCCAUCAGAGGUUAGGAAUGUAGCAGGUUGGAAGAAAAUCACCGAGCAGUUGAAACAAAGCUAUCAACUCUAUUGUAAGGCAGUCUGCGGACCUAACAAGACAUUUGCUGAGCAUUUGGAUAAGUGGAAUAGGUUCAGCAGUGCCCUCAAGGGUCCCUAUUGUAUACACCAUUAGAAGAAAAUGAAGAGUAGGUCCUAUUGGCUCUCGCCUAGGAGUAGUACUACCCUUCCCUCAUUACCGGUGACAAGAGGUUCUCAGCUAAACCCAGGAAAUCUUCCUCCAUGAACUGGCUAAGACCCUUUCCCCGCCUACCUAAAAAAAGGUAAUCAUCAGCAGAAAAAGCCGAAUCCACUCUCUCUAGAAAGCCUCCAGUCCGCAGGAGGGAAGUAGCUCGAGCUGCUUUGCGGGAGGAGUGAGAUUGUGUACGCUUCUGGGCCCAUGAAAGAAGGAAAGAAGGAAAGGAGCGAUUGCAGCUAUAGGCUUUUUGGCGUUAGCUAUUCCCUUUGCUGGGAAAGGGGAAGCUAUCUUAUUCUCUGAUCCCGCCAGAGACUUCAUUCUUAUAGUUCCGUAGGAUAGUGAAGAAGUUGAAUUGAGUUUACAGAUUAGCUACUGAUUGGCUAGUUACAGAAUCGAACUGACAGGGUGAAGUCAAGCUUCAUUUCAUAGAAUUGAUGUAAGCAAGAAUAUGGCCUGAGCCUGAGAAAGGAAGUGAAAUAGAGAAGUUAGUUUGAGUUCCGAGUUCUUUUCAUUUCCUUGGCUAAACCACGGGAGGUUAGAAUUAGUGUGAAAUGCUAAGGAAGCGAAUGAGCUGCAGCCUAUAGCUCGACCGAUAGUUAGUUCAAGGUACGGUGUUCUCGAACGAAGUGAGAGCAUAGCUGGAGUGAUGUAUAAGUAACCAUUCUAUACUCAUCGGAG